AUGGGUGAGCCCGCGCCAGAGCACCCUCCGGCCGCCGGCGCGGUCGAGCAGCUACCGUACGGCAUCGCCCCUUAUCCGGUGGCGUCGCCGGCGUUCCCGGUGGCGCCGCCGCAGCUGAGCCAGGAGCAGCUCUCCUACCAGCAGAUCUACCAGCAGCACCUCAAGCACCUGCAGCAGCAGCUCCAGUCCUUCUGGGAGGGCCAGCGGCGGGAGAUCGAGGACGCAGCGGACUUCAAGAACCACGCUCUCCCGUUGGCCAGGAUCAAGAAGAUCAUGAAGGCGGACGAGGACGUGCGGAUGAUCGCCGCCGAGGCCCCCGUUCUCUUCGCCCGCGCCUGCGAGAUGUUCGUGCUGGAGCUGACCCUGCGCGCGUGGGCGCACACAGAGGAGAACAAGCGACGGACGCUGCAGAAGAACGACAUCGCCGCCGCCAUCACGAGGACGGACGUGUUCGACUUCUUAGUGGACAUCGUGCCGCGCGACGAGGUGAAGGAGGACCUGCUCAUGGCCAUUCCCGGCGUGGGCGUCCCCACAGAGCCGCUGCCGCCGUAUUACUACGUGCCGACGCAGGUCGCAGUGGCCGGUGUGAUGGUGGGCAGGCCUGCCGUCGACCAUGCCACCAUGCUCUACGCCCAGCAGCCGCAGGCGUACGCGCCGCCGCCGCCUCAGCAGCAGCAGCCAUGGCCGACGCAGCAGCCCUCCUCUGAUUCUUGA